AUGACAACUGAUUCUCUUGGUUCGAUUGCCUAUGGUUUCUCCGAUCUCUUUACAUUUUCUUAUACAGCAUCUACGGAUAAUCUAACCAUUCAUCAGAAUAAUUCACUCUCUCCUUCAACAUCAUUCCUACCAUAUGCUGUUGAUUACGAUGGUAGCCGCGGUAUUAUUGCUGGCUUUCUCAAGAAUGAUCAAAAUUCACGUAUCAAGUAUAACGCAAUUGUUCUUCUAUUUAGUAUCGAUGCAUCGACAGCCACAGUUACACCGAUUACAUUAUGGAAGUAUCCGAUGAAUGGUACAACAUGGCAGGCUGGACAAACAAAUGCAGGUGCUAAUAAAAAUUAUCCUCCUAGUGGUUACUAUCCCUCAACAAUUAGACCGACUGUUGAAGUUGUGCCGGCAUUCUCCUCACAACUACCGUGUAUGCCUGGUACAUAUAAGAAUGUAACAGGUAUUCGUCGUUGUUUACUUUGUCCACCAGGAACAAAAACCGAUGGAAUCAAUCUUACAAUAACAACCUGUAUCAAUUGUGCAACGAAUACAUUCUGUCCACUUGGUUCUGUAAGUGAUUCUAUCUCGAAUGAUCAGCUCAACAAUAUCAGCCAAGCAGCUGCCUAUCCAAAAUCCCCAGAUAUCGCCGGACUUGAUGAUAUUCUGUUUUUCACACUGUUCUCAAUUGGUUCAUCUGCACGCUGUGUUGCUCUUUCGCCAAUCUUUUGGACUUUGAUCGUUGCUGCUAUUAUAACUCUCAUUGUAAGUGUAAUGCUUGUGAUUAAAUGCUGUAUCAAAAAUCCAAAGGCUGUAUAUAGUUAUAAAUUAUUUGAAAAAAUAUUUAAACGAACAGAUAUCAUUCGUGAGGGUGAAAUGUGGGUCGGUGGCCUUGCUACGUUUUGUGUUAUCGUACUCUGUGUUUCUUGCUGUGUAUUCAGUGCUAAAUAUUAUAGAUCUUAUCCAAUUGAAACAGCUGGACCUUCAACGUAUACAUGUGAUACAAGUAUACGUAAUGCACAGUUUUCUUCAUCUUUACAGUCUGUGGCGGUACCAGUCGCAGAUAAUAUUCAAGGCAUGAUGGCCUUGUUAAAUGACCAAGAAGUCAAUCUGAACGUCUCUUUUCUCAAUACAGUUUACAAUUGUACAUCGAAUGUAGCUACAUUGACCUAUCUCUUAGGUACAACGUGGUUGCCAGUGUCGCCGAAUCCCUCCUGUAAUUCAUCGAACUACAUAGUUUCCUAUAAUGCUCGCUUGCCGUUUAGAUUAAUUACUGUACAAUUUACUUUACCAAACACCUAUAAAAUUGGUGGAGUUCGUAUAGGUCUGAGCGCUCCCGGUAAAAAUAAAUCUUCUACAGCAAUCCUUCGAGAUUUAGGUUUUUCACAAACAUUCAAUCAAAGUGGAAGUAUACUUGGGCAAGACGUCCGUAUCACCCUUCAACUGACAAAAGUAAUCAAUAAUACAAAUCCACUCGUAAGCAGUGAUGAUGAGAUACUGAGUGGUAUUUGGAUUGGUUCAUUUUUGGUGAACUACCAUGAAUCAUUCAUGACAAAUACUGAUUAUUUGAAUGCACCACCUAAGACGUCAACAAAUUUGACACUGACCAUCAGUGAAACACUCUAUUAUAUACUAAAUGAACAAUCACCAAUUGCUAGAUUACCAGAAAUAAUUUAUCAUGAUUUCCUUUAUAUAACAAUGAUUAUUGGAAUGUUUGUGCUUAUUUUUGUUAUAGUUGAAAUAUUGAUUUUACCAUGCAUAACUUCGUUAAUUCGUAAGUGUAGGCGAAACGCUGGUGAUAAAUAUCGAACAGAUAGUACCCGUCAAUCUGUCUCUUCUCACAAUAAUGCAGAAAAUUCAACUUCUCACUCAAAUAGACAAGAAUCUAGAGAACAUAUGCACGAUUUUGCUAUUAUUAAUAAUGUUACUUCUCUUCAAAGACAAAAGUCCACUUUAAAUCAAUAUGCUAAUCGUACUGAAGAUGACAGUCAGCAGUUACCGACGAUGUGGAAUCGUCAAGCGUACCUUUGGCAGUUUUCGAGUUAGGACUGAUGGUAAUAAGAAUAAUCAAAGAACUUAUCACAGAAAAACAAGACAGUAGUAUGUUGUGAAUAGAGGUGCUACAUUAUCAUUGCUCUUUAUUAUUAUUGCUCGAUAACUCAUAAAAAAUGAUUACUACUUUUAUCGCUUAAUUUUUCUUUAAUCAUCAUUGCUUUCUUUUUAUCAUUUUAGUGUUGAUGGAAAUUGUAUUGUUUUGGGAGUGUAGAUGUGGGUGUGCAUUUAUGUAAAACCAACACACAGACCCACACCCACACCCUUACAGCAAAAUCUAGCCUGGACGGUACUGUAUCUGUGAUAAAAUUUCCAGCUCUUUGUGUCAUUGUCUUGAGUACGAGAAUUCGUUAAAAUUUUGAUAUUUUGACUAAAAUUCAGGACCCUCCAAGCUAUAUUUUGAUGUAAUUUAAGCCUAGGUAUCUAUGAAAAUUGGUAACGAAAAAUAUAUCAAUUAAAUCUUUACCAUAAAAAACUUCUUUGGUCUUAGUGAAUCUCAUAUAGAUAGACGCACCCCUCGCCGCUCUAUUGAAUGGCUAAAAUCUGAAGUCGAUAGCUAUCAAUGCUGAAGAGUUAUUCAAAAAAUGGUGGAUGGCAUUUUAAAAAAAUCCGACAUUAAUUAUUGUGUCUAAAAAUAAUUUUGAGUACGUAUGUUAAGAAAUUCUGAAGAUAAAACAAUAGAAAGGAAAUAUCAAGCAUAUUCCUUAAGAAAGAAUAUCUUUUUUUUUUAUAAUUACUUCCUGUCUUCAUAAUUAUACAAAAAUUAAAAAAGUAGUGAAAAGAAAUUAAUCCUCAAGCUAUCAUAAAAAUUAACCAUAUUCAACUAUUGACGUGCAUAGAUUAUUCUCGAAGUAAUAUAAAUUCUUAUAUGAAUGUAAUGAUUAAAUACAUUAUGAUAUAUACUUUUUGUCAUGCAUUCAUAAACCUACACAAAUAUAUAAUUACAGAAUUAAUUUGCAUUACUAUAAAAGUUAAAACAAGGACGGAUAUCAUUCAAAAUCUGACGAUGUACAGUAGUGGCCAAAAGUCCCGACCCUAGAGGAUCUCAGCCAUUAUAAGUGCUGGAUGUCUGAAAAUUUGUGUGCGCAUACUCCGUCAAGAAUGUAGGUCAGAGACACAAUUCUGCCUCGAUUGCUUCAGUAUAAAGAGAAUUAUGAUGGAUGACAAUGGAUGACACAUAUUUCGCCUUUGAACUUCAUAACUCUGGAAAAGCUGGACUUCGUAGGUCAGCUAAUGGUUCAUUGUGUAGCGCUGUGUUUCAGCUAUCCACACAACUAAUUUUAUUGCAGUUUGUCAAUUUUCUUUAGAAUUAUGGCCAAUUUACUAUGACCGAUGAUAUGGAAAAAAAUCCUCUGGUAUCAUUUUAAGACGGUAACUCAGUAACAAUUUAGCGGAUGAAGCUCAAAUUCUUGCAAAAGCGUCUCCUGUAGUUGCACAUUAGUGUCCAUAAGUUUCAUAAAUGAACUGUGUACUGAUGGAAAAUAGCAUGGCUAUUACCAUCGCAUUGGUGAAUCUGAGGAUGCAGAGACAUGCAGAAACGCCAAUAUUCGAACAAAUGAACUCAUAUUUUGGUUUAAGAAAGAUCAUAGACUGAGCUCCAAUUCCAUGCAAUAAUAUCAAAAUUUAGUUAUGUAUUUGGUAAAAAAAUAGUGUAAAAUUGAGUGGACAGUCCUUUUUCAGGUUAAAAAUCUCAAUACAAAAAUAGAUACCAUCUAUCAUAAUUCUCUUUAUACUGAAGCAAUCGAGGCAGAAUUGUGUCUCUGACCUGCAUUCUUGACGGAGUAUGCGCAUACAAAUUUUCAGACAUCCAGCACUUAUAAUGGCUGAGAUCCUCUAGGGUCGGGACUUUUGGCCACUACUGUAAGUAAAAUUUAUUUGCAUAUAAGUUUUGAAUGUAUGGAUGAAUUGUGCUCGUAUUGUAUCAUAGAGAUUCCGGACACGAAAACGAUUAUAUCUCGAAUUCUAUUCAACGGAUUUGAAUAUUUUUUUUUAAAAUACUCCUUAACAUCUAUCCUCACUUCCUAUAAAAAUAUCAAGCCUUUUGAGUACCGUCACUGUGGAAUUUUUAAGCAAAAAAAGCUCAAAAAUUAGGGAUGUGGGUGUGGGUGUGAGGUAUUUACUUUACUCUUUGAAAAAGUAAAUAAAGUAUUUACUAUUUACUGAAGUAAAGUAAAUAUAUUUACUAGUAAAUAAAAGUUCCGUCAAUUGAAGGGAGGGUCAUAUAAAAAUAGUUUGUUUACUUGUCAUCGGGUCAAAGCUCAAAGCUCAAAAAAAACAUCGCAUUAAAGAAGUUUUUGAUAUGGCGCUUCCCACCAAUUAGAUUUUUUUCAUUUUUUUGGGUCAAGGAAAGGGUUCUUCGAGAAAAUAAGGAUACUUUAUAAAGGUUAACGAAAGUAAAUCGAGGUCGGAGAAUCCGAAUCUGAAGUCAGCUUUUCGAAAAUUCACAUAAUUAUUUGUAUGAAAAAAUCAUGCUUUUCUCUCUGAAUUAUUGUCUAAGGAAAAGCCAACUCUUUUGAGAAAAAGUUAUUUGCAAAAAGGGAAACUAGAAGGUGUGAAUGUGGAUGUGAGUGUGGGUGUGGGCGUAGAUGUGAGUAUGGGUGAGUGUGGAUGUAAGUGUGGCUUUGGAUGUAGGUGUGGGUGUGGAUGUAAAGGGAUUUUGUGCCCGCACUCACACUCACACCUACACUCUAAAUUCUUCCAGUAAUGUUUUCCAUUUGAUGAAUUAUUCAGAUAUUGUGUCCAAACACAAAAACCGUUUCUUAUCCUUGACUUGGCAUAGUUUUUGCAGCUUUUUACAUCUGAUCUUCCUUAUUCAGACCCAUUAGACCUCGACUAGUGUCGUGCAUUCAAUGAAUGCUAACACUUUGAAGCUGCACAUCUGGAGAUAAACCAGUACAGCAGCUGCCACCUGUGAUCUUAUUCGCCCGUGAGAUAAUUCCUUUCACUUAAACUCUAUCAAAUGCCAGGUUGCUCUUACUCAGAAAAACUAUUAGAUUUAUAACGCGAUGGCUCCAGAUGAGUUGCUCCGAACCAAUACUUCCCCAUUAUUUAUUCCUAAUUUCUUCAACCUCAUUGUUUAGCCAAUAGUUUAGAGCUUUAUUACGGCUCCUGAUUUAGAAUAUCUUAGUUGGCUAUUUUUGAUAAAUGUAGGUUUCACGUAGAUUUUUUGUUACACAACAUUAGAAUACGUUUGCAAUAUUAGCGGCCAGUCCUUCACUAACACCCCUCUCAGGCACUGCUCAAAGUCACUUGCUGCAUUAUUUGAAUACAUUAAAAUAAUCAUUGGUUAUUCUGCAUUUACUCUACAGCCUGUAACUUCACUUACAAAAUUCAUUUUAUGCUACUUCUUUCGACUUAAGUAGGGUGUGCAAAAAAAGCUAUUUAACUCAGAGAUCACUGUCAAUAAAGAAGAAUCGCUGAAUGUCGUGCACCGCAGACUCCGUGACAUUGAUGUGUAAACACUGUCUCAUCACACUACGGCUUACUGAAGCACCCGCCCCAUUAGGCGACACUCCGGCCCACGUCUACAACGAUACUUUGAAGAGGGUACCAAAACUACAAAGCAGUCGCAGAUUCCAAAUACCCAGAAGGAUUUCCCAUAUUUCGAGUUUCCCUUUUUUCAAAUGACUUGUUCAAAAGAAUUCGCUUUUUCCUUAAACAAUAAUUAAGAGAGAAAAGUAUGAUUUUUUCAUACAAAUAACUAUUUGAGUUUUUGAGAAAUUGAUUUCAGAUUUGGAUUCUCCGACCUCGAUUUACUUUCGUUAACCUUUACAAGUAACGCUCGUCUGCCGACUCGCUCAGCUCUUUCUCGUAGAAAUGCUGUUUCUGAACUCUCAGCAAAUUAUUUAUCUGUACCAUUUCAAAAAGUGAAAUAAGCACAUUUUCGCUCUGUUUUUCUGUCAAGUUCAUCUAGACAUUUGAGUUCAGCUUUCUGAACAGUGGAAGGUCUGACUUGUGAGACCUAAUUAACAAAUAAUUAAUAGAAACUGAGCUCGGUUUCAGAUUGCCCACCCUCAAUUACCUUUGGUCAAGCUUUGUGGAAAUUAUUGAUUAUUAUUAACUAGUAAAUAAUUGAUUAAUAAAAACUAACCUCGAAUUCAGAUUCCCACUCCAGUAACCUUUAGUCAAGUUUUUAGAAAAUGUUAAUAAUUAAUAAUCAGUUAAUAAUUAAUCAAUAAUUAGUUAAUAAUUAAUUCAAGCUAACCUCAAAUUUGAACUCCCACCCUCGAUUACCUUUGGUCAAGUUUUAAGGAAGAUAAUCCCUUUUGUUUUCACAUUAUUCUUGGAACAAUCAGUGAAGUGCGGACACACAAGUCAGCAAGCAAGCAAACAAUUUAUUCUUGCUAGACUCUUCUCUACGAGAAAGAGAAUAAAAUAUCGUUAUUAUCUCCAAAAAACCUUCUUUUGACCCUAAAAACUCAAUUGAAAAUUUUGAAAAACUCACUUGAGACUCGGAUUCUUCGACCUCGAUUUAUAUUCUUUCAGACGAUGUUUUUUUGACCCUGAUGUUCUUUAGACCCUGACACAUACAACCGCAUUCUAUUUCAUAUGACCCUCCCUACAGUCGAGGGAAUAAAUACUUUAGUUACUUUACUUUAAUAAAUAGAAAAUAGUAAAUAACAAAUGGCUUAUUUACUUUACUUUAGUAAAUAGUAAAUACUUUAUUUACUUUACUUUAGUAAAUAGUAAAUACUUUAUUUACUUUACUUUAGUAAAUAGUAAAUAUUUUAUUUACUAUUUACUAGUAAAGUAAAGGUAAAGUCCCACCCCUAGUCUGUCCUGUACGUGCAUGAGCGUUACGCUCGCCACGGCUCCACCAGGAUGGUUCCUGGUCGCGCGUGCGAAUAGAAUAAGCCAUUCAUUUCAUCAAUUCAAUGGGAUUUAUUUGAAACGAAAGAAACGCAAAAGAAUCUAUCACGACGAGUCUAUUCGAUUGAAAAUCGUUGAACACGAUUAUUCCGCUGAUCGGCGACAUAGAGAUUGCCGUGUAGAUCGAAGGACAAACCGAUGGGACCGUUGAACUGAUUUUUUCCUUUUCCUUCGCCAUUUCCACCCAUAAUGGCAGUGCCCUGUUUCGCUCCUUUAGGCCAACGCAACACUCGACCAUUCGAUGUGUCUGCCACAUAGAUGGUACCCAACGUAUCGACGAACAUUCCUUUAGGAUAAUACAACUGUGUCAGAGCAUUCCCUUUGCCUUGACCUCCAGCGACAACAAUUCCUUCUUUUGCACCUUUAUUCCAUUUCAUUACACGAUUAUUGUACUGGUCUGACACGUAGACAGUCUGUUGUUGAUCGACAAAUAUGCAGGUCGGGUCGUUGAGUUGAUUGAGACUAGCACCUUUGCCAUUGCCACCAGCCACUAGAGUUCCAUUCUUGUCUCCUAUUUGAUAUCGUCUUACUUCAUGUUUGUCGGUGUCAGAGAUGUAGAGAUAUCUCUGAUCAUCCAUGGCCAAUCCCCAACACGAGAUGUUGUCGAUGAGGAUUUCUCCUUGAAUUGUGCCACUACGACGAGACCAUCGUAUGACUCGUCGAUUCUUCCAAUCACAAAUAAUGAGACUAUCUGUCUCUUUGUCGAUCAACACAUCGGUUGGGUAAUGCAAUUGAUCCGAUCGAUUUCCGUAGCCAUUGCCACCAGCUACUACUUGUCCAUUCGUAUCACC